AUGAGUUCUUCGCAACGUCGACAUUAUCUAGCUCGCCGGCGUGCAAUAGCUCAAGGAAAGCGACCAAUAAUGAACAAUGUACGUGAUUGUAACACUGAAGGAGGCCCCAGUAAUAUAGAAGAGCGACAUCCAGAACAAGUUCAACACGAAGGGGAGAGUUCAACGGUUGCUUCGCAUAUCAACAAUCCCGGUGAACAAUCUACUAGAAUGCGUUUAACACAUAUAAGACAGUUGGCACGUUCAGAUCGGCCGCAAUUUCCUGAUGGUCUUCAAUUACUUUCUGCUUCCAAUGAAGUGGCUGAGGAUACAUUACAUCUUCGUGAAGGCCAACACAACAAUGUCAUGCAUGAUGUGCAACAUGUAAGGAGAGCGAUGAGAAACUACAAUUGUGCCAAAAAUUAUAAUGAGAACAUGGGUGUCCUAGGAUGUCAAUUACCAACUUCCACCACAUGUUCGAGGUGCAAUGCGCGAUUAUUCUCCCGAGAGACAUUUAGUAUGUGUUGCUUUGGUGGAAAAAUUGUUCUACCUCAUAUACAAUCUCCACCAGAAAUGCUGGCUCUUUUCUCUGACCAAACAACUGAGGGCAGACUCUUCAGACAAAACAUUCGUGUCUACAACAAUGUUUUUUCAUUCACUUCAAUGGGUGUACAUGUUGAUGAAAGAAUAAAUUUUGGUGGACGUGGGAUUUAUACCUUUCGUGCACAAGGUGCAAUAUAUCAUAAAAUUGGUGGACUUUUACCGAAUGAAGGUACUACACCGCGAUUUCUACAGGCUUACAUAUACGAAACCGAGCAUGAAGUUGAAAACAGAAUGACUCAAAGUAAAGUUUUAGAUAGAAUUGUGGUUGAGAAGAUACAACGAAUUUUGAAUCAACACAAUCCUUUUGUGCAUACAUUAAGAAGUCUCGGACAACUCCAAGAUUUGCCAAGGUGCAGGCUCAUUAUAAAAGAGCAACCUUCUGAUCGACGUCAAUACAAUUUACCAUCGGCAUCACAAGUUGCUGCAAUUAUAGUAGGAGGGGAUGAUAUGGUGAAUCGAAAUGGAAGAGAUAUUAUUGUUGAGACAAUUAGUGGAAGACUUUGGAACGUCCAAGAUUGUGUUGGAUUCUAUGACCCACUACAAUAUCCAUUAUUGUUACCGUACGGAACAUAUGGGUGGGAUAUUAAUACUCAUGAUGAUAACGGAAGAGGUGUAUCAUGUUGCGACUAUUAUGCUUACAUGUUACAGUUCCAAGUUUGUGUAAAACAUUUAUUAAGCACAAAUGACAAUGGAUCAGGUAACAUCGGUCGUAGAACCAUUCUGCCAUCAUCCUUUGUUGGAAGCCCACGUGACAUGUACCAACGGUAUCAAGAUGCCAUGACUUUGGUUCAAAGAUUUGGCAGGCCAGAUCUAUUCAUUACCAUGACAUGCAACCCAAAUUGGGAAGAAAUUAAGAGAGAAUUACUCCCUGGACAAACGCCACAAGAUCGUCCCGACUUACUCACUAGAGUAUUUCGUGCAAAAUUAGAGGAACUAAAAGAAGACAUCAAUGGGAAAGGGGUAUUAGGUACUGUUGUUGCUUAUGCAUACAUUAUUGAGUUUAAAAAACGGGGUCUUCCACAUGUGCAUAUGUUGGUUGUGUUAGAUGAAGAUGAUAAGCUCAAUAACCCUGAUGAUUAUGACCAAAUUGUUAAAGCUGAAAUACCAAAUGAACAUGAAGAGCCUCAACUUUACAAUGUGGUAUUAAAACAUAUGAUUCACGGUCCAUGUGGAAUUCAAAAUCCACAAUCUCCCUGUAUGAAAAAUGGAAGGUGUAAAAGAAAUUACCCUAAAUCAUUUGCUGCAUCCACUAUUCAAGGGAAUGAUUCAUAUCCAAUUUAUCGAAGGCAAGGAAAUCGCAUGCCUGUCCCACUUGAUCGACGAGGAAAUAUAACGGUUGAUAAUAGUUGGGUUAUUCCAUAUAAUCCUUGGUUGUUGUUGAGGUAUGACUGCCACAUUAAUGUUGAAAUAUGUGCAAGCAUAAAAAGCGUCAAAUAUUUAUAUAAGUAUGUUUACAAAGGUCCAGACAGAGUGGCACUCGAGGUUCAGCCAGAUCUAGUUUGUGAUGAAAUACGACAGUUUGUUGAUGCAAGAUGGGUUUGUGCACCAGAGGCGUUGUGGAGGAUAUUCAAGUUUGUAAUCAAUCGGAUAUACCCAACUGUGGAGCGCUUACAAAUACAUCUUCCUAAUAUGCAUCAAGUUCGAUUUCAAUCUGACCAGACUAUUGCAAAUAUUCUGACAGACGAGAGACUUAACAAGACAAUGCUCACUGAAUUUUUCACUUUGAAUCGUAAUGAUGUAGAAGCAAGGAGAUAUUUGUACAGGGAGAUCCCUGAGCAUUAUAGAUGGAUUCGUUCUGGAAGACUUUGGUCUAAAAGAAAGAAUCGUCUCAGGUUUAACAAGAAUAUCAAGGACUUUGAUUUGCCCCAAAUGACAACAGACGUAGUUUCUGCAAUGCCUAGAUGUAUUGAAGACGAACUCUCACACGGUAUUUCACAAGAAGAUCUUCUUGCAAUUGAACGUCUUAAUGAUGACCAAAAGUCUGCAUUUAACAUAAUAAUGGACACAAUUGAACGAUGUCAGAAUUCAAUUUUUUUUGUGGAUGGUCCAGGUGGAACUGGAAAAACUUACUUAUACCGUGCAUUGUUAGCAAACAUGAGAAGGUUGGGCCAUAUAGUAUUAGCAACAGCAACAUCUGGAAUAGCAGCUACAAUAUUACCUGGUGGGAGAACGACACAUUCUAGAUUCAAGAUACCACUUAGCCCAGAUUCAUCAUCUACAUGUUCGAUCAGUAAACACUCUGAUUUGCCAAAGUUAAUACAAAAGGCAAAGGAAAUUAUUUGGGAUGAAGCAACGAUGGCACAUCAUCAUGCCUUUGAAGCACUAGAUCGAACUUUCAGAGACAUAAUUGAUGUUGACUUACCAUUUGGGGGGAAAACAAUGAUCUUUGGGGGAGAUUUUCGACAAGUACUUCCUGUUAUUCCUAAAGGAACAAAGUCGGAACUGAUCCAGGCCAGUGUGGUGAAAGCAUCAUUUUGGUCACAAGUAAAGAUUUUGAAACUUAGACAAAACAUGAGAUCCAGGAAUGAUCAACAAUUUUCACAAUUUUUACUUCGUGUUGGUGAUGGGGAAGAACCUGUCGUUGGAGAUGGUAUGAUAAGAGUACCUGAAUGCAUGGUAAUGCCAUGGGAGAAUGAGUUAUCCAUCAAUGAGUUUAUUUAUCAAGUUUUCCCUAAUUUGGAGGAUCAUAUAAAUGAUGCAAGUUACAUGGUGGAAAGGGCAGUGAUAACUCCUACAAAUGAAGAUGUUGACAUGUUGAAUGAAAAGAUGAUCAAUAUGUUUCCAGGCGAAGAAGAGACAAUGUAUUCGUUUGAUUCAGUUGAGGAUGACACGAGGAAUUUGUAUCAGCCGGAAUUCUUGAACUCAAUUUGCAUUGGUGGGUUGCCACCACAUAAGUUAACUUUGAAGAGAGGUGCUCCAAUCAUGCUUCUCAGAAAUAUUGACCCAAAAUUGGGAUUGUGUAAUGGAACAAGAUUACUAUGUCGUGGGUCGUACCAAAAUCUCAUUGAUGCUGAAAUUCUAACUGGACAAUCUGUUGGGACCAGAGUUUUUCUACCACGUAUCCCUCUAAAGACAACUGAGACUGCUGGGCUACCAUUUGAACUAACAAGAAAACAAUUUCCAGUGAAGUUGAGUUUUGCUCUCACUAUAAAUAAAUCUCAAGGUCAAACAAUACCACAUGUGGGUAUUUUUCUUCCAGAUCACGUUUUCAGUCAUGGACAAUUAUAUGUGGGUUUAUCGAGGGGUGUUUCAAAGUCGACUACAAAAGUGUUAGUGAAAAAAGGGUCAAUAACCGGUCAAGAAGGCGUUUUCACUCGGAAUGUGGUGUACAAAGAAGUCCUACUUCAUUCGAACUAA